AUAUCAGUAAUAUGUCCCAUUGGCUCACAACAUAUAAUAAAUUUAUUAACUUUAUAUUAUACAAGUCACCUUACAAUUCUCAUUCAACAUUUUUUAGAAAACAUCGAAGAGAACAUGUCAAUUAAUCUUAACGAAUAUAGUACUUCGCGUCAUUUAAAAACGGAUCUAUAUAAUAUACUCAGAAAACAAACAAAUUAAGCAAUUGAUGCACUAAUCUACAAAGGGUGUGCCAAACAUGGAGUAAAAUAUAUAUUAUUCAUAAAAUUGUCAACAAAACUUUGGUCCACAUUCUCGAAUACUCCUUAACAAUACCAUUAUACCAACAUCAUCAUCAAUAAACCAAAACUAAAAUUCAACCAACCAUCCAAACCUCCAAUUCCACCCACAAAAAAAAAAAAAAAGAAGCAAAAAAAAAGAAAAAAAAAAAAAAGAAAGAAAGAAAAAAAAAGAGUUGCAAAAAAAAACCCUUGAAUCUUUCUUUCAUAUCUUUCCAUUUCCAUCAAUAGCAAUGAAAGAAGAAGAGCAGAUCCAACCCAAAAACCCACUCCCCCAUUUCUGGGGCACAACCCCAGAAGAAGACUACUACACUCAACAAGGCAUCAAAUCAACCCAAUCUUACUUCACCACACCUUCUGGUCUAACCCUCUUCACCAGAUCAUGGCACCCACUUUCUCUCUCUCCUCCACGUGGAAUCAUAUGUAUGGUCCAUGGCUAUGGCAAUGACAUCAGCUGGACCUUCCAAUCCUCCCCUAUUUUCCUUGCUCAAAAUGGGUUUUCCUGUUUUGCCCUUGAUUUACCUGGUCAUGGUAAAUCUGAUGGCCUUAAAGCCUAUGUUCCUGACAUCAAUUUGGUCAUAAGUUGUUGUACCUCUUUUUUUGAGUCUGUGUUGGAAACCCGUUCGAUGCGUAAUCUGCCCGCUUUUCUCUUUGGAGAAUCGAUGGGCGGGGCGAUAUGCUUGUUGAUCAGUAUCAUGUACCCUAACAUGGGUUUCAGUGGCGCUGUUUUGAUCGCACCCAUGUGUAAAAUCUCUAAUAAUGUCAGACCCAGAUGGCCAAUUCCUGAAAUUCUGACAUUUAUUGGUAAAUUUGUACCAACUUUGGCAAUUGUACCUUCACCUGAUUUGUUACAUAAGUCUGUCAAAGUUCCUGAGAAGAAAGAAAUUGCAAUGAUGAACCCUUUAAGGUAUAACGGGAAGCCGAGAUUAGGGACUGUCAUUGAAUUAUUAAGGGUUACAGAUUACUUGAGUCGAAAACUGAAAGAUGUUACAAUACCUUUUAUUGUUCUACAUGGACAGGCUGAUGUUGUGACUGAUCCGGAUGUGAGCCGGGCUCUUUACGAGGCGGCCGCGAGUGAGGAUAAGACCAUCAAGAUUUAUGAAGGGAUGGUGCAUUCUAUGUUGUUUGGGGAGACUGAUGAAAAUGUGGAGAUUGUUAGGAAUGAUAUUUUGUGUUGGUUGAAUGAUAGAUGCAAAAGGGAAGAUUGAUGAGGUUGAACCGUUGACGUUAUUAGAACAUUGUUUUUUAAAAGUAAUUGGUUUGUGAAUGUAGCAAAAUUGAACUGUAGUUACAUUAAAAUUGAGGUACAAUGUGAUAUGUGUAAUGUGUUAAGUUUGAUGAUGGAUUAAAGAAAGAAUUUGGAAUGAUUUGUGAAA